UUUGACCUCAGUGCCAUGAGGCUCCCCGUUGUCUCUUGUCCCAGCGGAUGCUUUGAGGCCGUCAGCUCGCUGAGCACUGGGUACCGCGCCUCGGUGACGCUGGUGAAGAAGGGCUGCUGGAGCGGCCCGCGCUCGGGCCAGGUGGAGUCCAGCGACCACUCGCUGCCGCCGGACUACUCGCUGGUGCGCGGCUGCGCCUCCGACCUGUGCAACGCCGACCUCCUGAGCCACGACAGCAUCCCCAACCUGAGCCCAGCCCCCGACCCGCCAACGCUGAGCGGCGUCCAGUGCUACUCCUGCCUGGGGGUGCACCCAGAGGACUGCGCCCUCAACAAGUCCCGGCGCGUCCAGUGUCACCAGGACCAGAGCGUCUGCUUCCAGGGCAACGGCCAAAUGACCAUCGACAAUUUCUCCGUCCCUGUGUACAUCAGAACCUGCCACCGGCCCUCCUGCACCACUGUGGGCACCACUAGCCCCUGGACAGACAUUGACCUCCAGGGCUCCUGCUGCAAGGGGAGCCUUUGCAACGGGGACUCUGUAACCCAGUUCUUUGCCAGUGCUGCAGCCACCGCCUCUCCACAGGCACCCCAUUUUCUGGUCCUGAUCCUCUUGGCUUCCCUGGUGGUCAGCACUCUGGGAGGAUCCUUGAGGCUCUCAUAG